AUGGAAAAAGAGAAAGAGAGAGUGUGUGUGACUGGAGCUUCAGGCUUUCUAGCUUCUUGGCUUAUCAAGCGACUUCUUUUGUGUGGUUAUCAUGUCACUGGAACUGUGAGAGAUUUACGUAAGCGGAAGAAAUUUGAACACUUAUGGAGUCUAGAAGGUGCAAGAGAGAGACUACACCUUGUCCAAGCUGAUCUAAUGGAAGAAGGAAGCUUCGACAAUGCCAUCUUCGGAUGCAAAGGUGUCUUCCACAUAGCCUCUCCUGUCCUCAAGCCUUCAUCAAAUGUCAAGGCGGAGAUGUUGGAGCCGGCUCUCCAAGGUACUCUAAACGUGCUGCGUUCGUGUAAGAAGAAUCCGACGCUGCGUCGAGUGGUAUUAACCUCAUCUUCUUCAACUCUUAGGGUCCGAGACGAUCUUGAUCCAAAAGUACCUCUAGACGAGUCUUCAUGGAGCUCCUUGGACCUCUGCGAGAAACUGCAGGCAUGGUACGUGAUGUCCAAGACAAUGGCGGAGAGAGCGGCAUGGGACUACUGCAGAGAGAAUGGGAUCGACUUAGUGACCAUUCUACCCUCGUUCGUCAUUGGACCAAGCUUGCCGCCAGAUCUGUGUUCUACGGCAUCUGAUGUGCUAGGGUUGCUCAAAGGUGAAACCGAGAGAUUUCAAUGGCAUGGAAGGAUGGGAUACGUUCACAUUGAUGACGUGGCGCUCUGCCAUAUCCUUGUGUAUGAGAAUGAAGCCUCCCAUGGCAGAUACCUUUGCAGCUCUGUUGUCAUGGAUAAUGAUGAUUUGGUUGCUUUGCUUGCAACUCGUUAUCCUACUCUCCCUAUUCCUAAAUGGUUCCAGAAACUAGAUAGGCCGCAUUACGAUCUGAACACAUCAAGGCUGAGGAGUCUGGGAUUCAAGUUUAAGUCAAUUGAAGAAAUGUUUGAUGACUGCAUUGCAUCGUUUGUUCAGCAAGGCCAUCUCACACUUCAACCUGCAGCUCCAAUUUAA